AUGAUUACCUGGCGUUCGAUCGCCCGCACCUUCCAACGUCACCAUGCGCCUCUCAGAGCCCAAGUACGGCAGCUGAGUCUGCUUGAGCAUCACUCACACAAUCUACUCAAAGAAGUAAGAACUCCCUUCACACAACCCAACAGCAAUGCUUAUACAACCCAGUUCAAAAUACCAGUUCCACCGGGAUUCGUAGUCACAACCCCAGAGAAAGCCAAGGAGGUUGUGUCCGUGCUAAAUGGACCAUCAAUGAUAAAAGCCCAAGUCCUCGCAGGCGGCCGCGGUAAAGGCAAAUUCAACAGCGACGGCGAAAGCGGCGUCCGACUAGUCGAGUCACCAAACGAAGCAUUCAGGAACGCCACCAACAUGCUCGGGUACUACCUAACAACAGCACAAACUCCACAAGAUGGACUCCGCGUCGACAAACUCUACAUCUACAAGGCCGUCUCCAUCGCACAGGAAUUCUAUUUCGCAAUGACAUUCGACAGACAGCGUGCCGCACCUGUGCUACUGAUCUCGUCGGCGGGAGGAACGAACAUCGAAGCGAAUAUGGACAACCUCCACAAACUCUACUUCGGUCUCUCGACCGGUAUCACCGAUGAGAUCGACGCGUAUAUCCAAGCAGAGCUGGGAUUCUCGGAUACUGAGAUGAAGGAUAUACACCGGAUCCUGGUGCAGAUGCUUAAGUUGUUUAAGGAAAAGGAUGCGACGUUGCUUGAGUUGAAUCCGCUAGUGCGCUCGGAUGAGGGGGAGUUUAUUUGUCUGGAUGCGAAGUUUGGAUUUGAUGAUUCGGCGAGGUAUAGACAGAAGGAGCUUUUUGGGUUGGAGGAACGAUCACCUGAACAGGAGGAGGAGCAUCAGUUGGCGGAACUGGGGCUUAAUUAUGUUCGGCUUGAGGGGAAUAUUGGGAAUAUUGUUAAUGGGGCUGGGUUGGCCAUGGCAACUAAUGAUCUUAUUAGUUUGCAUGGCGGAAAAUGUGCUAACUUUUUGGAUGUUGGGGGGAGCACAACGAAGGAGGCUUUGUCGAGGGCUUUUAGGAUUCUGAAGAACGAUCAGAGGAUUAAGAGCAUCUUGAUUAAUAUUUACGGUGGUAUUGUGCGAUGCGAUAUGAUUGCCGAGGCCAUAGUUGCCGCUGCUGCUGAGAUGGGUGGUUUCAAAUGCCCGGUUGUGGUUCGCUUGCAGGGUACUAAUUCCGAAAAGGGAUUGAAGCUGAUCGAACAAUCCGAGUUGGAUAACUUGGUUGUAGAACCUGAGUUUGAGAAAGCUGCCCAGAGGGUCGUGAAGGAAACGCCCAGGGUUGAAUAA